AAGAAAAUGGACCCCAUCUACUUGUGGUAGCAGAACAAACUAAAGUCUUCACACACCGGGGAGGCAAUGUCACACUGCCAUGUAAAUUUUACCAUGAACACACAUCAACAGCUGGCUUAGGAACCCACAAAAUCCGGGUGAAGUGGACCAAACUCACCUCAGAUUACCUCAAAGAAGUGGAGGUCUUUGUUGCAAUGGGACAUCACAAAAAGAGCUAUGGAAAUUACCAGGGCAGAGUGUUUCUGAAGGAGACCAGCAAGAAUGACGCCUCUCUUAUAAUCACAGAUAUCAUGCUGGAGGAUUAUGGACAAUAUAAGUGUGAGGUGAUUGAAGGUUUAGAGGAUGAUACAGCAGUGGUGACUCUGGACUUAGAAGGUGUGGUGUUCCCGUACUCCCCGCGGCUGGGGCGGUACAACCUGAACUUCCAUGAGGCCCAGCAGACGUGCCAGGACCAGGACGCUGUCAUUGCUGCCUUUGACCAGCUCUACAAUGCCUGGCAAGGGGGGCUGAACUGGUGCAAUGCUGGCUGGCUCAGCGAUGGCUCCGUGCAGUACCCCAUCACCAAGCCCCGUGAGCCCUGCGGUGGCAGAAACACCAUGCCAGGGGUCCGGAAUUACGGUUUCUGGGAUAAGGAUAAAAGCAGAUAUGAUGUCUUCUGUUUUACUUCAAACUUCAAUGGUCGGUUUUACUACCUAAUACACCCAACCAAAUUGACCUACGAUGAAGCCGUUCAGGCUUGCUUGAAGGAUGGGGCACAGAUCGCCAAAGUUGGCCAGAUAUUUGCUGCCUGGAAACUGCUAGGAUAUGAUCGCUGUGAUGCUGGCUGGCUGGCUGAUGGCAGCGUCCGCUACCCAAUCUCUAGGCCAAGAAAACGCUGCAGUCCUAAUGAAGCAGCAGUUCGCUUUGUAGGCUUCCCUGAUAAAAAGCACAAGCUCUAUGGUGUCUACUGUUUCAGAGCAUACAACUGAAAAUACCUAGAGUACAACAGUUUUAAAUUCAUUAAGAACAUGUGAAAGAUUUCUUUUCGAUAAGAACUCAUGCAAGUUACCAAAACUGUGAUAAACCUUUUUUACUUACUGUAAAGAGUUGUUUUCAUAAACCCAACCCAUUAAUUUUUUUUUGUCUUAAUAUUUUUUUAAAAGUAUAAUUCCAUAGAUAUUUUAAAUUAAUAUAAUUUAAUGUGAGCUCUAGAUAAGGAAGUCUUAGAGUCAAAUUCUUUAAGCUACAUCAUCCCAACAAAAUAUACUUUCCAUGAAUGGGGCAUGCAAUAGAGCUUGGUGGUUGCUAGGACUCACAGAAGGUAAGGCUACUCAAAGCAGAAACUUUUACAAGCACAAAUUUUACACGUUUGUACCAUUUUGAGAGGCACUG